CUGGGGGAGGCGCGUGCCGAGCAGGCCGGGGGGUCCGUCUCCCCGGCCCUUUGAACCCGGAGCGUACAGAGAUGUGAUAAUGGAUCAUCAUGUUUCCACCAUCAAACCUCGAAGGAUCCAGAACCAAAAUGUCAUUCACCGCCUGGAACGCCGACGGAUCAGCUCGGGCAAGGCAGGCACCCACUGGCAUCAGGUCCGAGUAUUCCACCAGAAUGUCUUCCCCAACUUCACGGUCGUCAAUGUUGAAAAGCCUCCUUGUUUCUUGCGUAAAUUCUCACCUGAUGGACGCUACUUUAUUGCUUUCUCUUCAGACCAGACGUCCCUCGAGAUCUAUGAGUACCAGGGCUGCCAGGCAGCCGAGGACCUACUGCAGGGCUAUGAGGGGGAGAUCCUGUCCAACGGCAAUGACCAGCGGUCGGUCAGCAUCCGCGGCCGGCUCUUUGAACGCUUCUUCGUCCUGCUGCACAUCACCAACGUGGCCGCCAACGGUGAGCACCUGAACCGGGAGUGCAGCCUCUUCACUGACGACUGUCGCUGUGUCAUCGUGGGCUCAGCUGCCUACCUCCCGGAUGAGCCGCAUCCUCCUUUUUACGAGGUGUACCGCAACAGUGAGUCCGUGACCCCCAACCCCCGGUCCCCUCUGGAGGACUAUUCCCUCCACAUCAUUGACCUUCACACCGGCCGCCUGUGUGAUACGCGCACCUUCAAGUGUGAUAAAGUGGUCCUGUCGCACAACCAAGGGCUGUACCUGUACAAAAACAUCCUGGCCAUCUUGUCAGUGCAGCAGCAGACCAUCCACGUCUUCCAGGUGACCCCUGAAGGCACUUUCAUCGACGUGAGGACCAUUGGCCGCUUCUGCUACGAGGAUGACCUCCUCACCGUGUCAGCUGUCUUCCCUGAGGUGCAGCGGGACAGUCAGACGGGCAUGGCCAGUCCUUUCCGAGAUCCCUUCAUCAACUCCCUCAAACACCGGCUGCUGGUGUACUUGUGGCGCCGGGCGGAGCAGGACGGGAGUGCGAUGGCCAAGAGGCGCUUCUUCCAGUACUUUGACCAGCUGCGGCAGCUGCGCAUGUGGAAGAUGCAGCUUCUGGACGAAAACCACCUGUUUAUCAAGUACACUAGUGAGGACGUGGUCACCCUGCGGGUCACGGAUCCAUCACAGGCAUCUUUCUUUGUGGUGUACAAUAUGGUGACAACAGAGGUGAUUGCUGUGUUUGAGAAUACAUCCGAUGAGCUUUUAGAGCUCUUUGAGAACUUCUGUGACCUCUUCCGUAACGCCACCCUGCACAGUGAAGUCCAAUUUCCCUGCUCAGCUUCUAGCAACAAUUUUGCAAGGCAGAUCCAGCGCCGGUUUAAAGACACUAUCGUAAACGCCAAGUACGGAGGGCACACGGAGGCAGUACGCCGGCUGCUGGGGCAGCUCCCCAUCAGUGCCCAGUCUUACAGCGGUAGCCCCUACCUUGAUUUGUCUCUCUUCAGCUACGACGACAAGUGGGUGUCCGUCAUGGAGCGACCCAAGACUUGUGGAGAUCACCCUAUCAGGGAUCGGGGAGAGUGAGAAAGAGGGGGACAACUGGUUGAUGGAGCAGUCAGAACACACGACAAAACAAUUAUGUAACAUCAAAGAUCACUCAUCGCAGAUUGCUGCAACAAAUAUAACAACAAUGGAAAAGUUUGAAAUAUUGCAAGAAUUACCAAAACGUGACACGGAGACUCAAAGUGAGCAAAAUGUUACUGGAACAAUGGAGCCGACAAGCUUGUAGACAUGAGGUUGCCGUGUAAAAUCUGCGGUGCGCGAGAGAUCCCGUAAAAUGAGGGGUGUCGUCGUGCCAUCGGGGAAGCUUCCAGAUAACCAGUGUCUGAAUGCGGAGGUGGGAGGAAGGAGCCGAGGGGUGGGUUGUGCGGUGGGAGCCCGGGCUUCUCUGUGUCCUGCUUUAUUAACUCUGAUGAUGGAGUUCCGUCCCCCCCCAGGGAGCACUUACAGAUCCACAGGACAGCUGCCUGAAACUGCCGCCUGGCCCUGCCAGCAGAAGCCGAGUUCCCAGGCCCCAUGCUGUGCGUCCCAUUCAUCGUCCUGAGACCAGAGAGAGAUCUCCUGGUCUUCAACUACUGUGUGUCUUCCAAACUUAGUAUUAAUUUCCCAGGAUUAGGAGAGGAGACUGUCACUUCGCUUUAAUUAAUUGUUGAAAGAACAGAGAGGGGUCUAUAUUUCUGCUAAAAGGAAAAUUUAAAAAACGGAGGGAAUGGAAAUAGUCUGAAUGGGGGAACCCAGAAGUAAAAUAAAGGUGGUUUUCAAACUCAGUUUCUUCUCCCUCAUCUUUAAAGGGUUUUUUGGGGGAUGGGGGGACAUGUGUUAUGAGGUUUGAAGUCUGUCCUUAAGGAGGGAUAUGUUAUUGAGAAUAAAUUGCCUUUAGAUUGUUUUUCACAGUUUAUUUUGUUUUAUUUUAUUUUUAUUUUAGAGAAGAGAGCGUGAAUAGGGGAGACGGGCAGAGGGAGAGAGAGAAUCUUAAGCAGGUUCCACGCUUAGUGUGGAGCCCAAUGUGGAACCUGGUCUCACAAACCAUGAGAUUGUGACCUGAGCCAAAAUCAAGAGUCAGACACCCAACCGACUGACUACCCAGGCACCCCUUCCACAGUCAAUUAUUUUUAAAGAAAUGUUUUAAUGUCAUUUUGGUUAAAAUUUUUAAGAAUAUAGCUUAUCUGAAAAGUGAUUAUCAACUCAGGGUAGGUUACAGAUAAAAUUGAGGUCGUGGGCAUGUUAGAAUCUUGACAGAAAUUUUGAAAAAAUUAGUUGAGAUUUUUAUUGGGAGAAUGAAAAAGUGUGUAAGUUUUCACAUUACAAAUUGCAGAAAGUUAAAAAAAAUCUUAUCUGAUGAGGUUAUGCGGAAGAUGGAUUCAUAACUGAGACACAUCUCCCCCAAAUCUUGGAGGGACAUGAGAUUUUCCUGCUUAUCAGAUAGGGGGAUUAGCUUUGGAAGGCUGAAAAGCAUUGCAUUAGAUAAAUACUGGUUUUCAGGGCUCCUGGGUGACUCAGUUAAGCAUCCAACUCUUGAUUUCAGCUCAGGUCAUGAUCUCACAGUUGGUGAGAUCGAGCCCCACACUGGGCUCCACACUGAGCAUGGAGCCUGCUUGGGAUACUCUCUCUCCAUCUCGGUCUCUGCCCCUCCCCUGCUCAUGCUCGCUCUCUCUCUUUCUCAAAAAUAACAUUAAAACAAAUUGAACAUAUACAAGUGGAAACUUUUGCAUAACAAUUAUCAAAACAAAAUCACAUGACAAAUGACAACACGCUUACCAAAGGAUUGAUUUUCUUAGUGUAAAACAUUUUUAAAAUAUAAAAAGAUGAACAAUCCCCAGUUAAAAAUGGGCAAAGAAUCUUAUUAGCAGAGUGUUCACAGAAAAAAUACAUACACGUGGUCAACAGCUAUAUGAAAAUGUGACAUUUAUGGCACAAAAACAGACACUCAGAUCAACAGAACAGAAUAGAGAACCCAGAAAUGGACCCACAAACGUAUGGCCAACUAAUCUUUGACAAAGCAGGAAAGAAUAUCCAGUGGGAUAAAGACAGUCUCUUCAGCAAGUGGUGCUGGGAAAACUGGACAACGGCAUGCAGAAAAAUGAACCUGGGCCACUUUGUUACACCAUACACGAAAAUAAACGCAAAAUGGAUGAAAGACCUCAAUGUAAGACAGGAAGCCAUCAAAAUCCUCAAGGAGAAAGCAGGCAAAACCUCUUUGAUCUUGGCCGCAGCAACUUCUUACUCAACACGUCUCCGGAGGCAAGGGAAACAAAAGCAAAAAUGAACUACUGGGACCUCAUCGAAAUAAAAAGCUUCUGCACAGCGAAGGAAACAAUCAGCAAAACUAAAAGGCAACUGACAGAAUGGGAGAAGAUAUUUGCAAAUGACAUAUCAGAUAAAGGGUUAGUAUCCAAAAUGUAUAAAGAACUUAUCAAACUCAACACACAAUAAAUAAAUAAUCCAGUGAAGACGGGCAGAAGACAUGAAUAGACACUUCUCCAAAGAAGACAUCCAGAUGGCCAACCGACACAUGAAAAGAUGCUCCACAUCACUCAUCAUCAGGGAAAUACAAAUCAAAACCACAAUGAGAUACCACCUUAUACCUGUAAGAAUGGCUCACAUUAACAACUCAGGCAACAAUAGAUGUUGGCGAGGAUGUGGAGAAAGAGGAUCUCUUUUGCAUUGUUGGUGGGAAUGCAAGCUGGUGCAGCCACUCUGGAAAACAGUAUGGAGGUUUAUCAAAGAACUAAAAAUAGAACUACCCCUACAACCCAGCAAUUGCACUACUAGGCAUUUAUCCAAGGGAUACGGGUGUGCUGUUUUGAAGGGGUACAGGCACCCCCCCCCAAUGUUUAUAGCAGCAGUAUCAACAAUAGCCAAAGUAUGGAAAGAGCCCAAAUGUCCAUCGAGGGAUGAAUGGAUAAAGAAGAUGUGGUAUUUAUAUGUAUACAAUGAAGUAUUACUCGGCAACCAAAAAGAAUGAAAUUGCCAUUUGCAACUGUGGAUGGACCUAGAGGGCAUUAUGCUAAGCAAAAUUAGUCCAUGAGAGAAAGACAAAUAUCAUAGGGCUUCACUCAUAUGAGGACUUUAAGACACAGAACAGGUGAACAUAAGGGAAGGGAAGCAAAAAUAAUAUAAAAACAGGGAGGAGGACAAAACAUAAGAGACUUAAAUAUGGAGAACAAACAGAGGGUUACUGGAGAGGUUGGGGGGGGUGGGCUAAAUGGGUAAGGGGCAUUAAGGAAUCUACUCCUGAAAUCAUUGCACUAUAUGCUAACUAAUUUGGGUGUAAAUUUAAAAAAUAAAAAAUUUAAAGCAGAAAAAAAAGAAUUAAAAACAAGAAAAGAAACAAAAUAACCUAUAAAGAGAAUAUAUGAUAGUGGCAUCCUAUCAAUAAACCAUUAUGACUUACAUAAAAAAAAUGUGACAUUUAUUUUUCACCCAUCAGAUUAGCGAAGGUUAAGUGUUUGAUGAUGCCAUGUUGUCAAGAGCGUAGGGUGCUCUCCCCUACUGUUGGGGGAGUAAACUGAUUGAAACUUCUUGAAGGACAAAAGAGCAGUGUCUUCGUAAAUAUUCAUAUUUUGAAAACCCAGUUAAAUUCUGUGCAUUAGGACAAAAUAUUUGCAUAUGUGAGCAAGACAUAUGCACAAGGCCAUUUCAUUGUAACUUUUCCACUGUGAAAAAGUGGAAACUACUAGAUGUGCAUUGAUAGAGGACAGACAAAAUGAAUUACAAGCUCUGUCCAUAAAAUCGGAGCUGAUACAGCUGUGAAAAAUAAUGAGGCAAGUCCAUACAUAUUGAUUUGGAAAGCUCUUUGAGCUGUAGUAAUUGAACAACUGUAUUUAAUGUGAAAACACAUUUUUUUAAAAAACUAAAAAAAAAUCUGUGCUGAAAUUGAGGUCACUGUAGAUAUUAAAUAUAUACAUAGUCAUGGAGUCGUAGAACACUUUUGAAAACACACUGAAGAUGCUAUUAACAAUAAUUACUUCUGGAGAGCAGACGUGGGGGCAAGGGAAUGUGGACAUUUACUCUCUAGCUUAUUUCUUUUAUCUCUGUAAUCCUUUAACUGUGAACACGUAUUACUUAACAUUUUUAAUGAGUUUUGUUCAAUUUUUAGUUGGGCUAUAAAGCACAAACCAUGAAAUUUACCAGCGUACUUAUUUACGUGCAGUUCAGUAUUGCUAAAUAUAUUCACAUUGUUGUGCCAUCAAUCUCUGCAGUUGGUUCAUCUUGCAAAACUGAAACUCUGUCCCCAUUAUGCAAUAAUUCCCAUUUCUCCCUCGCCCAGCCCCUGGCAACCACCGUUGUGCUUUCUUUCUAUGAGUAUGACUAGUUACGUCCUGUAAGUGGAAUCAUACGGUAUUUGCCCUUUCCUGGUGUCUUUUUGUGACUGGUGAAUGUCACUUAGCAAAAUGUCCUCAAGGUUUGUCCAUGUUGUAGCCUAUGUCAGAAUUUCCUUCAUUUUCGGGGCUUCCGGGUGGCUCAGUUGGUUAAGUGUAUGACUCUUGAUUUUGGCUCAGGUCACGAUCUCACAGUUUGUGGGAUUGAGCCUCGCGUCAGGCUCUGCACUGGCAGUAGGGGAGCUUGCUUGGGAUUCUCUUGUCUGCCUCUCUCUCUGCCCCUCCCCUGCUCAUGCUCUCUCUCUCAAAAUAAAUAAAUAAACAUUAAAAAGAAUUUCCUUCAUUUUCAAGGCUGAAUAAUAUUCCAUUACAUGUACGUGUAUACCACCCUUUGUUUACCCAUUCACCCCUGUGUGGACACGUACGUGUUGCUCUCGGCUAUCGUGAAUAGUGCUUCUGUGACCAUGAGUAUACAAAUAUAUCUUUGAGAUCCUGCUUUCCAUUCUUUUGGAUAUAUACUCAGAAGUGGGAUUUAAAGAGUUAAAAAAAAAAAAGUGUUUAGCCAGUGAAUUCACCUGUAGCAGCCGGGAUGGUAUUAGGUAGGCACUCUGUGGGCUAGUUGAGCCUCAUAGUCUGAGGCCAGGAUUUUCUUUACUAGCCCCCAGGGGCUCGGCAAUUUCAUUGCAGCCCCCUGAGCCUUUUCCCUGUACAGCCAGGAGGGACCUUAGCAGGAUGGUGAACCCGCUGCUCCCUGCCUGCUCCUGCCUGCAUUAAUUCAGCACAUUUCUAUAGCUCCCCGAAGAAAGAGGCUGCAGCAGCAUUUAAUUAGCAGCCAGGAACAUGCUUUCCCAAGGACAUGACUUAUUUCGCAGCCAGCUGUUGCCAGUGGCUCCCUAGCAACAUGCAGUGCUCACAUCAGAUUGCUUCUCUCCAGACAAGUGGGGGGUGGUGUUUGGCCAGUCCACCUGCUGUCACAGCCUGGGGUGGGGGCAUGGGGCAAAGGGUCCCUGGGUCCAGGGCUAAUUCUCUAAAAGAAGCAAAUGAUCUGAACCUGUUAUUCCUGCAAAGCCAGAUGUGGUGCUAAAACCUCAUGACCCUUGAACUGCCCACCCCACCCAUCCUUCGAAUGCAUGAUCAGAGCAAACAGCAAGAAUAUCACCAGCUGUAACACAGGUAGGGCAACAUGGUCUAGAAAGGUCCAUUGGGAUUAUGAAGU